CUCGAGUCCUCGCGCCGCAUGCCGAUGCUGACUGGAUCGCCCCAGACUGCACCAGCCCCGAGACGCGUAUCAAGUACAUGACAGACGGUAUGCUGCAGCGCGAGUGUCUCAUCGACCCCGAUGCGAGCAACUACUCGGUCAUCGUGCUGGACGAGGCACACGAGCGCACCAUCGCCACCGAUGUGCUCUUCGGUCUGCUCAAGAAGACGCUCAAGCGCCGUCCUGAGCUCAAGCUCAUCGUCACCUCAGCAACGCUCGACGCCGAGAAGUUCUCGAGCUACUUCUACGACUGCCCCAUCUUCACGAUCCCCGGCCGCACAUACCCCGUCGAGGUGCUCUACACCAAGGAGCCGGAGAGCGACUACCUCGACGCCAGCCUGAUCACGGUGAUGCAGAUCCACCUCUCCGAGCCGCCGGGAGACAUCCUGCUCUUCCUGACCGGCCAAGAGGAGAUCGACACGUCCUGCGAGAUCCUCUUCGAGCGCAUGCGCGCCCUCGGCCCGAGCGUGCCCGAGCUGAUCAUCCUUCCGAUCUACUCGGCGCUCCCGUCCGAGAUGCAGACGAAGAUCUUCGAGCCUGCGCCGCCCGGCGCGCGCAAGGUCGUCAUUGCGACGAACAUUGCCGAGACGAGCAUCACCAUCGACGGCGUGUACUACGUCAUCGACCCGGGGUUCGCGAAGCAGAAUGCCUACGACGCACGGCUCGGCAUGGACAGUCUCGUGGUCACGCCGAUCUCGCAAGCGCAGGCGCGCCAGCGGUCCGGUCGUGCCGGCCGCACGGGCCCAGGCAAGUGCUACCGGCUGUAUACCGAGGCCGCGUACCGCAACGAGAUGCUGCCGAACCCGAUCCCGGACAUCCAGCGGCAGAAUCUGGCGUCGACGAUCCUGAUGCUCAAGGCCAUGGGCAUCAACGACCUGAUCAACUUCGACUUCAUGGACCCGCCGCCCGCGCAGACGCUCCUCACGGCGCUCGAGGCGCUGUACGCGCUGUCGGCGCUCGACGACGAGGGUCUGCUGACGCGUCUCGGGCGCAAGAUGGCCGAUUUCCCGAUGGAGCCGCAGCAGGCCAAGAUGCUCAUCGCGAGCGUCGACCUCGGCUGCAGCGAGGAGUGCCUCAGCAUCAUCGCCAUGCUCAGCGUGCAGAACGUGUUCUACCGGCCGAAGGAGAAGCAGGCGCAGGCCGACGCCAAGAAGGCGAAGUUCUUCCAGCCCGAAGGCGACCACCUGACGCUCCUGACCGUGUACAACGGCUGGGCGGCGUCGAAGUUCUCGCUGCCGUGGUGCAUGGACAACUACGUGCAGGGGCGCUCGAUGCGCCGUGCGCAGGACGUGCGCAAGCAGCUGCUCGGCAUCAUGGACCGGUGAGUGUCAGGUCACGGCGUGCCCGAGCGUGCGCCUGCUGACGCCCUGUCGCAGCUACUCGCACGACAUCAUCUCCUGCGGCAAGAACUACAACCGCGUGCGCCGCGCCAUCUGCUCUG